AUGCCGCGCCGGCGAGAACACUCCAGACCGCAGCUGCCGGAGUCCACUGCCAGCGCCCGCCGAACAGGUCGUGAAUCACCGGCCAUUCCGACCACAUUUCUCGAGAAGCUGCGCCGGCAGCGGGAGCGGCUGUGCCGGUUCACGGUGGGGCGGCUCCUGCCGCAAGGCGCCGACUGCGUCUUCCUCAACGGCUCGUCGACGCUGGCGCCGCCCUGGGACCUCGACUACCCGGACUGGCCCGCCGGCGGCGCCGCAGUAGGUCUCGGCGUCGGCGUGGGCGCCGCCAACUUCACCAACGACACCGGCACAGGUAGGCUACCCGCCGUGCGCGGGCAGCGCUUACACCGGCUGAGGCUGCCAAUUUUAUUGACAUCUUCUUUCACUUUAGCGCCGUUGCUGCCACCCUUCGAGCUGUGGCAGACGGUGCUGAUCGCACUGUGCCUGGGCGCGUGCAUCGUCCUCACCGUCGGCGGCAACAUCCUCGUGCUGCUCGCCUUCAUCGUAGACCGCACCAUCCGACAGCCGUCCAACUACUUCAUCGCCUCCCUCGCUGCUACGGACAUGCUCAUCGGCACGGUGUCGAUGCCGUUCUACACGGUGUACGUGCUGAUGGGCUACUGGGACCUCGGCCCCAUCCUGUGCGACCUGUGGCUCUCGGUGGACUACACGGUGUGCCUGGUGUCGCAGUACACGGUGCUGCUCAUCACGAUCGACCGCUUCUGCUCGGUGAAGAUCGCGGCCCGGUACCGCAGCUGGCGCACCAAGCAGCGCGUCAUCUGGAUGGUGACCAUCACCUGGAUCAUCCCCGCGCUGCUCUUCUUCAUCUCCAUCUUCGGCUGGGAGCACUUCAUCGGCUACCGCGACCUGCUGCCCGGCCAGUGCGCGGUGCAGUUCCUCAAGGACCCCAUCUUCAACACGGCGCUCAUCAUAGGCUACUACUGGACCACACUGGUGGUGCUGUUCGUACUGUACGGCGGCAUCUACAAGACGGCGUACGACAUGCAGAAGAAGAGCGAGGCCAAGCAGCGCAAGAUGCAGUCGAUGGUGGCGCUGUCGGCGGGCGCCGUCUCCGGCAUGGCGGGUCGCGCCGCGGGCAUCGGCCUCUCCAAGACGCAGAGCACACUGCUCAGCCAGGACAAGCCCAGCGCCGGGGGCGGCGGGGGCGGCGCCGGGGGCGGGCGCGGGGUCCGCGGGGGCGGCGGACGUACUUUUAUGACAGCAUAGCUAACCACUCCUGUGGGAGCAGCCGUCUCCGGGGACUCGACCUCGUCCCAGAAGACGUCGUCGCAGCGCUGCACCAGCAACAGCCACACGGCCACCACGACCACCACCACGACCGCCGAAACGGCCAGCUUCGCCGACCGACAGGCGCCCACCCCAGUCACUGCCAACAACACCAUCGAGGGCGAGCGUUCCUCCAGUCCGGCCUUUGAGUCCGAUGAGGACAGCAGCACCAACAUCGGCCCGCCGCCGACGCCGUGGCGCGGGGCGCAGAACCACCAGCCGAAGCGGUGCUCGCUGGCCAACCUGGUGGUGCAGACUGGCGCCAGCGUGGCGGCGCUGCCCGCCUUCAACGGGCAGGCGUGCGUCGCGCUGUACCCGGUGGGCGGCCGCACGGCGCCGCCCAUGCCGGCCCACCUGUCCGGACACCCCCAGCAGCCCCAGCAGCAGCAGCAGCCCCAGCAGCAGCAGCUGGCCCAGAUACCCGAGGCGUCCUCCGGCGGCGGCUGCAGCCUGCUCGACACGGACAACCCGUCCGCCGUGGCCGAGCUGUCCGUGAGGACGCUGACGCCGCUGCUGCUGGCGCAGCCCGCCGUCGCGCCAGUGCCGCAGCCGCUCUCUCCGUCUCCCCAGCAGCAGCAGCUCACUGGCGCCAGUCCCAUCCCGCCGCCUGCUGCCUUCCAGACAGAGCCCCCACGGGCCCGCCCCCGCAGCCUGCUGGUGGCGGCGGCCCAGUCGCUCUGCUCCGCCACCUACGACAUCCUGGUGGGGCUGGACGGCGCAGACCUGCGGUACAUGGACGAGAGCUCCAUCACGGUGCCGUCUCCGGCGUUCGAGUCGCCGCCGACGUCCUCUUCUCUGGGGCUGGCCCACGGGGGCGGCGGCUCCGCCUCCACGGCGCCGCCGUCACCUGUGCACUUCUGCACUUCCGCCCCCGCGCCCACCCCCCAGCUGGGGCAGGCGCCGAGCAUGUCGCUACUGCACGCGGCGCUCGCGGAUCCGCCACCCCCGGCGCCGCCCCCGGAAGCGCCGCCGGUGGCCAAGGUGGAGACGGCGGUGCGCCUCCUUGGCCCCCAGGACGCGGUCACCACCGUGGUGGAACAGCACCCCGCCGCCCCCGUCGCGACACUGGCCGCGGGCGGCGUCUCUCGCACAGACACCGUCCGCACGCUGCACUCCGACAACGAAAGCGUCGACGUUGGCAGCAGUGUGGGCGGCACGACGGUGAUCGCCCGGGAGAGCGGGGGCGGCGGAGGCGGCGGCAGCACUGCGGGCAGCUUCAUCCUCGGGGGCGGCUCGCGCCGCGACUUCGUGCGCAGCAUCGGCAAGCGCUUCAAGGGCGGCGGCAGCAAGCGGCGCUCCAGCAAGAAGGAGUCGUCGGGCCGCCAGAAGUCCAAGUCGGAGAACCGCGCGCGGAAGGCGUUCCGCACCAUCUCCUUCAUCCUAGGGGCGUUCGUCGCCUGCUGGACGCCGUACCACAUCCUGGCGCUCGUCGAGGGCUUCUGCGCGCAGCCGCCCUGCACCAACGAGCACCUCUUUAUGUUCUCCUACUUCCUCUGCUACGCCAACAGCCCCAUGAACCCCUUCUGCUACGCGCUGGCCAACCAGCAGUUCAAGAAGACCUUCACCCGCAUCCUGCGCGGAGAUCUCCACAUGACGUGAGGGGACCACGACUGUUCCUCGACCGUCUCUGGUCCCAGUGGCGCACUCCAGUGCCCACUGCUCGACUGGGUCACCAGCCUCUACAGGGCCAACUGCUCCAUUGGACCAGAAGCUAGUACAGGCCCACCUUGCAAGCAAACGUAUCUGAAUAUUUCACUGCGUAUUACAGGUGCAUUCUGUGGACAUCUCCAAUUGAAACUGUUGGGGAUAUUGGCGAUACUAUAAGCUCAUUACUUGUAACUCAUUACCUUUUAGGAUCUAAAAAUAUUUGAUAUUAGAAAAGAGCCCCAUUAAAAACACGUGCUACACGCUGGCUAUUUCGAAAAGAUCUUCACCUGCAGUCCUUGUGGAGACGUCCGCAUGAUCUGGGAGGUCUGUUAUUCCUCCUUGAGGGUCUCCAGUCUGCGUGAUACACCGCACUACCCACUUGCCAGGAUAGGCAGGUCCAACUGCUCAACUGGAUUACUGGAUACUAGAGGCACAACUUGCAAGCAAAUUAACUUGUAUUGCAGGUGUUGGUUGUAUCAGGGAUUCAACAAGUUCAUUACUCAUAACUCAGUUUUUGGUAUCAUCUCCUGAUGUGGGACAAACAUGACAGUUACCUGGUCCAUUUGGAGUUAGAAAAUAAUCCCACGAAAUCCAUCUACUACCAUCUGCUACAUGCUGGCCAACCAGCAAAUCGAAAAGACUUUUAACCGUAUGACACAUGGAGAACUUCACAUGUCGUCAAUGGGCCACCUCCAGUUUUGCAGUGCAGAAUGUUGCCCACUGUUGGCGUUGGGACAACUAGUCAGUACAGUCCCAAAUGCACAGUUGGAUAACCUGUCACUAUAGUCCCAAAUUGCAAGCAAAAGUGUCGUAUUUUGUGAAUACGACUGUGUAUGGUUAGUCUGUUUUAACGACACCUUCAUCUGGAUUUAAUAGACAUCCUUUAAGUUCAUUUCGCGUAACAAUAGUCUUUGCAAUCUCCAAAUAUGGAACAAACGUAAUACUUACGUGAUGCAUUUGGUAUUAAGAAACAGACACAGGGACUCUAACUCGCAGUUCAAGAUGACCUCCGCUCAUAUUCCACUUGGACCAGUCUACCUAUCACCAGUGGACACUCUCCAGUCCUGCGAGGCUCUACAGUGUGCACCACUCGACUGGAUCAGUCCAGGACCAACUGCUCGACUGGCCAACCCACCAGUAUAGUCCCAAACUUCAAGCAAAUACGUCACAAAAUUCGACCAUGUAUGGUUCAUCCAUUUUGUGAACAUUCAUAAUUUUAAGUAUCACGGAUCGUAUAAGAUCAUUACCCAUCACUCACAUUUUUUCGGAUCUCUACAUGUGGAACGAACGUGGUAAUUAUUUGAUCUAAUUGGUAUUAAAAAACAAUCCCAUCAAACGCUUCUCUUACACACCGAUCAACCAGUAGUUCAAAACGACCUCCAUCCAUAUUCUGCAUAGUGGCCUAACAUAGUCUGAAUGAUGUGUUACUCCACCUCAAACAUAUCUACUCAACUGGAUAACCAGUCCGGGGGGGGGGGGGGGUUUAACAACGUAAUGCUGUAGACUACUUCUGCAACACUCCUCAUAAUAGAUGUUAAGUAAUCUGGAAAGUAGUUCUGCGCCAUUAUCAAUACUUCAGAACUAACUGCAGUAGCUGUCUCAUUUCCAGGAAAUACCCCAUAAACCGAACAAAAAAAAAAAAACAAAUGACGUCUCAUUCAGUUCAGUGUUGCUCUCCAUAGUAUUUUCUAAAGACUGGUCUAAAACACCAAAUUCAUUGUAUAACAGAUGCUGGCAAGCUUCUACACUUUAGGCAAACUAUUCUAAGUACUUCUUAUUGUAUGUUCUUUACUCAUUUUUCAUGUAACUGUCACGAUCUCCACUUAUGUUUUAAUUGGACUUAAUCCUGUAAGAUGGUAAUCAUUCAGUUUUCAGGAAUUUUACGUAAAAGAUACGAGAAACCAGGCAAUAACAAGGUACUAUCCUGAAAAACAUUUCUAGGACACUUUGCGCUUUGUACGUAAUUAGUUCCUUUUCGUUAAUAUGAAUAUAGACUUAUAACUUCAAUAUUUUCUUGUAUUCCUGAGACAGUUAGUUUACUUUAUUAUUUAACGACAUAUAGGACAUAUUAUUUCCAGUUUUUAUGUUUCUCAUGAUCAUUUCCUUUAAUAAUACGUCUUUUAUUAGAUUUGAUGGUUACAUGCGAUUUGUACCUCUCAUUUCGACAAAGUUACUAACAUUCUCUCUAUAACUCUCUCAACUUCAUUUUUGUACUUACUUCUACAGCUGUCUCCAAGAGUUGUAUCCUGGAAUUCGACGCUUGUUAAUUUGUUAUAUUGAAUUCAGAUGGCUGCAGGUAGCAGGCACUAUAGUACAAGUCGAAAAAACCGGAAAAAACCAUUACCUUUCUCAUCUCUCAGUUUCCUUGGUUUUAUGUGUUAUGUAAAUGUACGUGAUUUAAAUCGCCUAAUUCUAACGUCUGUGAAACAAAAAACGCCUCAGUGCAGUUUCGCACAAACAAGUGGUUUUUGAAAUCCAUAGUGUAGCACUUAAACAGCAUCCAGUUCUUCCCUUAGAUGAGUAAACGUCAGAAUAAAAUAUUUCAAUUCCCUAUUAGUCACUGACAGAGCUGUAUACGGACCCGUCAUAGACAGUGACUCUGUUUCAACUGCAGUGGAGCUAAAACAGAACAAACUAUGUCUACUCCAUGACAAACCUUCAAAGGGAACUUUAACCAUUCGGUGAGAGCUUGCUCAUGAGCCACGUGCUUUAGGGAUGUUUACAAGAAGUAACUUCUUCACCUGAUCACUGCAUGAUAGAACGCUGCCAGUUGUGGAUCUCUUACCACUUACACCAAAUGUAUCACUACCACGAAAUCCCCAUCAUCUUUGAAUGAUGACUCAGAUCUCCUCGAUGGAUGAUACGUCAGUGUGAACUUUGUGAGCCUACUAAAUCUUCCUGCACCUCGCAAAACAAGUCUUACAGCCGCAUGUUGGAGACUACAAUCUAAUAACAAUGGCUCAGCUGUGAAUUACCCUUGUAUGUCGAGUGACGUAAGUGAAUUAAAUAUGAAAAAGCCUACCGAAACCCAACUGCGUCUGUUUUCCUAAGACAAAAAACUACAGAGAAUGAGAUUUUAUGAAACAAUGUAACGUUGUUAAUUCCAUUAGUAGCUUAUUAGGUUUUCGAUAAAAUGACAAAACAAAUUUAUCGUAAGAAUAUCUGAUUAGCAAUUAGUGUUAUAAAAAUGAAUAUGAAUGUCGAUUUUUGUGAAGCAGACAAAUAAUAUCUACGUUUCUAAGUAUACAACAGACAAUAUUAGGUGUAACAUGUAAACUAAUUGCUAGAAAUAUUGAAGAUACGUGGUCACGAACUCCACUGGUGAGGGAGAAUUGUCAGUGAUUCGCUGUGCAGUACACAAAAGAUAAUGACUUCUAUGAAAUAGCAAUUUUCAAUCAGAACGUGAUAGAACGUCUUAUCUACACAUGUUACAUAUCGACAAUAACAUACGGAAUGCGGUAUUUUGUAGCAGUUGUGAAUUACCCAAGUCCGACAAAUUCAUCGCAAAUUCUAUUGGCAAACCUGUGCACAAGUGAUGUAACUCACAAACUCCCCUGAACGUUGAGAUAUAUAAAAAUUCCUAUUACUGUUGGAACUUCGUGUUUUUUCAUGCAAUCGAUAAAAUUUAUGUUUAUUGAAAAGCCAGCGUGAUAGCAAAGUAAGUUAGUAAACACUGUGUACAUACGUUUACUGGCCUCAUAUUAUUAGUGAUAGUCUGCUGUUUAUUGGAUGUCAAUGUUGUAGUUUUUUAAAAAACAGUUCUACGAGCUGUUGAAGCUCUUAGACGGCCAAAUGCUGUGGUGUCGAUGCUUUACAACGCAAAUCUCAUGGUCACCUCCGCUAGAGGUUGAUAUAACUAAAUCCUCUAUCACGCUCUCCCUGCAAAGCAGAUCACGGCUAGCAUCUCAUUAUCUUUCAACUACUGUCAACAAAAUCUUAUGAACAUAUUCUAUAGCCAGUUCAUUCCUCUAAAUCAAGGUUUUCAUUGGGCCAGGUGUCGAAACAGUACCCUUUUCUUUCACCCAAAAAUGCAGCAUCAAUAUGUACAUUAUUUCGUAGUAUAUCUAUCUUAUUGUGUCUCUUUCAUUAUUCCAGUCUAUAUCUUUGGAGGCACUUGUACCUCUGCAAGACUGAUAUCACUGUUCUUCUUCUUCAUCUCCUUGUUCACAGUCACCUCCUUCAAAAUCAUCUUCUUCAUCGCCAACGUCACCAUCACAACCAAAAACUCUUUCUUCUCCUCCAACAUCACUAUCCUCUUAGCAUUUCACCUUGUCGUUUCUCCUUCAUCAAGUGCUUCUCCUCCUGUUCUUGCAUCAGUUCUUCCUCUCCUUCACCAGCUUCUUAUCCUUUAUCAAAUUCUUCCGUUCAUCAUUUCCCAGUCUGUCACCUGUUUCAUUAUUACGAUUAUUUUAAUUAUAUCUGCUCUUCCUUCAUAUCUUCAUCUUUUAUUGGCUCCUUCUCUUUCAAUGUAAUCUCCUUCUCCUUCCGUUCUUUUUUGCUUUUGGCAAUGAAUCUGCAGUUUAUAAUACUGUCAUUUGCUACACUUUCACUUGUAUCUUACAGGAUACUGUCUACAUUUAUACCUCAAACAAAGCGAUUGCUAAGUGUUUGAACUUCCAAUACAGCCAUCGUUAUUCAGCGAGACGGCUCAACAGUUGAGACAGUUGAAUCACAAUAGGCAGGACUUGAUUUCAAAACCCCGUCCCGUGAACUGAUUUAGGUUUCUCGCUGUCUCCAUAAAUAAUUUCACGAUACUUGUUCAGUCGGCUUAGUGCUUGGGGUAAGAUCUCAAUAUUGGCGAAGCCAUGUACGCGCUUUAUUUAUUUUAUCUUCUUCUUCUUCUUCUUCUUCUUGUGCUGAAACCGACGAACUGUGGACAACGUGAAAAAAUUACUCAAAGGGGUUGUUCUUCCGAAUUAUGUUCUUUUCCCCAUUUUCCCACUCUCCUGCUUUUUUCUUCCUGGAUGAAUUUUCUUACAGGUUUCCUUUGUUUUUCUUAUGAAACUUUGAAGUUUUGUUUAUUUUGGUGCCAAAUUUUUAUCUAUUUUGAAUAUCUUCUUCAGUUACAGCAAUCUCUUCUAAUGCUUUUUAAUAUCUUUGAUCCGGUUAUUUUUGUCCUUUGGUUACUGAAAUAUUAUUGAAAGAUUUCUACUUUACUCCAUUCUUUCCAUAUGCCCAAACAAACUGAUCUGCCCUUACCAGACUGCGAGGACUUGGCACUUUUUUUAUAGAGUUCUUUGUUGCAUCUUAAUUUCUUGCUGCUACUUUCGUCUGAUCCACCCUCUCUGGACUGCAAGAAUUUCGCACUUUUUUAUACAGUUUCUUUGUUAUAUCUUAAUUUGUUGUUGCUAUUUUCAACUGAAGUGCAUAGAACUUUUCGAAGUAUACUACUCUGUUUUUUCCGUUCUUUUCCCUAUGUUUCCACCUUAAAUGUAGCAAUGCACUUCGUUGCAUUGAGCGCUUACGGUUUGAUAACUGUUCCUUAGAUAUUAAUGGAUAUUUAUUUUUAUAGUAUAGGUAUUCUUGGAGAGUUGUCUUCUAGGAUCUGGCGUUGUUUGCUUCAUUGGUCAGCCUAAUAGUUUAAUGAUUUCUCUGAGGCACUCAAAUUUUGGAAUUUUCUUGAUUUCUCAAAAUCUGUUUUCUACGUUUCCUGCAGCAGUAGCACCACUCGUCACCCUUCAGUAGAUCUACUUCUUUGCUUGGAAAUAAGAAAUAAGUUGUUUGUUGUUACUCGUCUUCUGUCUAAAUACUGGACUGAUGCACUUGUCCACGCUACUCUAUCCUGCACAAGCCUCUUCAUCUCUCCAUAACUACCAGAACCUACAUCUACUUGCGCCUGCUAACUGUAUUUAUUUCUCCGUCUUCCUCCACAACUUUUUAUCGCUCACCCGGCGGGGCAGGGAUUUUCUCUGCCUCGUGAUGACUGGGUGUUGUGUGCUGUCCUUAGGUUAGUUAGGUUUAAGUAGUUCUAAGUUCUAGGGGACUGAUGACCAUAGAUGUUAAGUCCCAUAGUGCUCAGAGCCAUUUGAACCAUUUUUUUUUUAAUCGCUCACCAUCGCCAAAUAAACGAUUCCUUGGCGCCUCCGGAUGUGUCUUAUCAAGUGAUCCUCUCUUUCUGUCAGCUUGUGCGAUACAAUUUCCUCCAAUUCGGUUAAGCACCUCCUCAUUCCUCAUUAGCUGUUCAAUCUAUUCAUCUAAUUUUCAGCAUUCUGUUUUGACACCACAUUUCAAAAGCUUCUGUUCUCUUAUUUCCUGUUUCUUUUAACGUCCACGUUUCAUUUCCGAACAAGGCUACACACCAGACAAACAUCUUUAGAAAACCCUUCCUAAUAUUUAAAGUUGUAUUUGAUGUUAACAAAUUGGUAGUUUUCUUGCCACUGCCAGUAUACAUCUUAUAUUCUCUCCGCCUUGUUCCAAAUAGCAUAACCCGUACAGAACUUUUAGUACUGGGACACAUUUCCUAAUCUGAUCUCCUCAGCAUCGCCUGUUUUAAUACGACUUCAUUCCAUUACCUUUGUUUUACUUUUGUCGAUGGUAACCAGAUAACGUUUUUUAAAACCGCUGUUCUUACAACUCCUUUGCCAUCCCUGGCAGAAUUAAAGUGCCAUCAGCAAGUAUUGUGAGCAUAUUUAGACUUAAGGAAUAGGUGCUCACUACGGACUGGACUUUGAACGUCAAUCUUAAACUCUUCCUUCUUGAAGAUGAUCGCUCCAAGAUUAAUAAAGACAUAAUUAAUACCAGUCCCCUUUUCUUGUCCACAUCCAAACUUCUGUUUCGCCUCUGAGGGUUUCGACGUGGACUGAACACUGAACCUCAGUUUCCAAACAUUCGUUUGUGACUAUUAAUGUGUGAAGACCCAAAAUGGUGCACUGAUUUCAAUCUCAUUGCGGAGUCGAAAUCCGAACUUCUGCUCUGUCUCUGAGAACUUCCUCGUGGACUGUACCUUCAAUCUUAAUCACUUCACCUCCCUUGUAAUGAUUAACAUGCCAAGUUCCAUAAUGACGUGACUAGUUUUACUCGCACAACGUAAUCCAAAUUUGAGUCUCUGCUCCUUCUCUGACUACUUGUACUGGACUUUGAACCUGAAACUGCAUCCCUUCCGUUGUGACGAUGAACGUUCGAAAAUAGAAAAUUACGCAGCUGGUUUCAUUCCUCUAUCUUCGUCCAAACCUGAGUAUUUUGUCCGGCAUAGCCCAGCAAUUCAAGUAUCCUAACUGAAGUGAAGAUCACACAACUUGCCUAAAGCACUAUUUGUUUCCCCGACAGUUUUUAUGUAGCAUCAUAACUGUGUUCCACGUACACAACCGUUUUAUAUUCUUUUCAUCAGUCUUCUGACAUUAGUGCGACCCAUCACGAUUUCCUCUCACGUGACAAUCUCUUCAUUUCAAGAGUGGCGUAUACACACCCAGUGUAUUCGAUGUUUGUCAUAUGUACUCCUAUCUCUGUGUUCCUCUACAACUCUUACCCUCAACUGAUUGCUCUCAUCCCACGUAAGUUACUCACUGAUGUUUUCUAUAACGUUGUCUCUUCAUCUAGUUAGUGUUUUUCACAUAUUCCUCACAUGCUGAGCGACUCUAAGGAGAACCAAUUUGUUUCUUAUGUUAUCUGUCGAAAUAAUUUUCGUUUUCCUACUGUAAUGCAGCACCUCAAAUGCAUCGACUCUUUCGUUUUUCCGUUUUCUUCGGUCCAUGACUCACUUCUGUACAGUUCUGAACACAAAUAAAGACCUUCUUUUGGCACAAGUAGACUUUUU